AUGUUUGGAGCAGGAAAUAUCACAGAGUUCACCCACUUCAUCCUCUUGGGCUUUUCGGAUUUUCCCAGAAUCUUAAUGGUGCUCUUCACUGUAUUCCUGUUAACCUACAUUACCACUCUAAUUUGGAACCUGUGCGUUAUGGUCUUAAUAAGGAUAGAUUCCCACUUGCAUAUACCCAUGUACUUCUUCCUCAGUAAUCUGUCCUUCAUAGAUAUUUGCUAUGUGACCUCCACAGCCCCCAAGAUGCUCUCCAACUUCUUCCAGGAGCAGCAAACUAUCACCGUUGUGGGCUGUGCUGUUCAGUACUUCAUCUUUGCAACCAUGGGACUUAGUGAGUCUUGCCUCAUGACAGCCAUGGCUUAUGAUCGCUAUGCUGCCAUUUGUAAUCCACUUCUCUAUUCAUCAAUCAUGUCACCCACCCUCUGUAUUCGGAUGGUGUUUAUGUCCUAUAUGGCUGCACUCUCUGGUUCUGUCUCCCAGUUGGUUGCCAUAUUUCAGCUGCAUUUUUGUGGACCUAAUAUCAUCAACCACUUCUUCUGUGACAUGUCCCAACUCUUAAUCCUGUCAUGUACUAACACUUUCUCUGUACAACUCAUGAUAACUAUUUUAGCAAUGAUCUAUGGGGUAGGAAAUGCCUUACUUAUCAUGAUAUCUUAUGGCUAUAUUACCGUCACCAUUAUGAAGAUCACUUCCGCUAAAGGCAGGUCCAAAGCCUUCAACACCUGUGCUUCUCACCUGACAGCAGUGACCCUCUUCUAUACCUCAAGUGUCUUUGUCUAUUUGAGUUCCAGCUUUGGUAGUUCCUCCAGUUUUGACAGAUUUUCAUCAGUUUUGUACACUAUAGUGAUUCCCAUGUUGAAUCCUUUGAUUUAUAGUUUGAGGAACAAAGAAAUCAAAGAUGCUUUGAAGAGGUUGCUGAAGAAGAGAGGGUGUUUUUGA